CGCUGCUACCAGCACUUGGUUGGGAGGCCCAAGUCUGCAUUAUUUGCAUUUGCAGUUACAUCGUGGUUCGCCGUCUCCUUCGACUCAAGCGGCUGCCGAGCUAUGACCGCAUUCUUGAACCCUGACCUGACCUCACCUGUAUCUCCAUCGACCCAACUUUCCUCACAUCGAACCUGCUAACACGCUUCUCACCUUGCCAACUGCUCGAACCUGCACAAAACUCGCGUCUCCAAACACACUGUAGCUAGCCUCUCUCGCACGUGGUGUAGAACAUCACAUAAGCCAGCCCUCCGAGCCCCGGCUCCCAUACCCGCCGUCGCACGGCGUUGCAGACGAUCAUGGCUCAGCCAUGGGAUUACAUAGCAAAGAUCGUAUCCCUAGGCGACUCCGGAUGCGGUAAAUCAAGUCUCACAGUCCGGCUGUGCGAAGGCCGCUUCUCACCACACCACGACGUAACCAUCGGCGUAGAAUUCGGCUCGCGCAUAGUCCCCGUCGGCCCCCCAGCCUCAUACGCCCUCAACAUCAACAAUCCCUCCGCCGCGGCGGCCCAAGCACAAGCCCCCGUCUCCCCCGCGAAACAAAAACAAGAACAAAAGCACAUGAAGCUAUCCCUCUGGGACACGGCCGGCCAAGAAACAUACAAGAGCAUCACGCGCAGCUACUUCCGCGGCGCCUCAGGCGCCUUACUCGUCUUCGACAUUUCGCGCAAAAACACCUUUCUCUCCGCAACUUCCUGGCUGCACGACCUCCGUCAAAUCGCCGAAGAAGGUAUCGUCGUCGUCCUCGUAGGCAACAAAUCCGAUCUCGCCCCCUCGUCCACCGUCUCCGGCUCCGAAGCCGCCGCAAACAAGCGCCAGGUCUCGUGCGAAGAGGCAGAGGAGUGGUGCAAAGCAAAUGGCGUCAUGCAGUAUGUGGAGACGAGCGCCAAGAGCGGAGAAGGCGUCGAAAGAGCGUUUCUAGAGGUGGCGGAAAGGAUAUAUCAGAAUAUUGAGGCGGGGAAGUACGAUUUGAAUGAUCGGCGGAGUGGUGUUAAAGGGCCUGGGGGUGGGGGUGCGAAUAGAGGCGGUGUCAAUCUUAAUGAUGCAAGUAAGAAGGGGAAACAACAAGGUUGGGGAAGUUGUUGCUAGGUUUUAUGAAGUUUUUUUUUUGCAUGGAAACGGGAAAUUGGGGGGAAUGGCACAGUCUUUUUUUUUUCUCUUUGCAAGAUAUCAUAACGAGGCAUGUUUGAAUGUAACAUCAUGGGCAUGGUAUAACCUGUUAUUUUUAUUUUAUUUUGGGGGAGAGGGGGAGGGGGAGGGGGAGCUCCCUCGAACGG